UGUUUGCUCACUUUUGCAGUAUUAAUUUGCCUGUUCUCAGUUUGCUUGUGCAAAGAACUGGACUGAUAAGGUGAAAAUAAAGGAAUAAGAGCAUCAUUUUGAGCAGAAGCUAUGAAUUUGUUACUUUGUUUACUUUUCCAAGGUGUUCUCCUAUAUGAGACUUUGGGAUGGCAAGUGAGAAUGCCAAAGGAAAUUCAUGGUCUCAAAGGGUCCUGUCUAGUCAUACCAUGUUCUUUCUACUACUUAUCCAACCCACCCACUAAUCCAGAAAGAGUUGUGUGGUAUCAGUGGGUCUCUAAAGGCUACCCUUUAGUUUAUGAUCCCUGGUAUCCUUCCUACAUCAUUGACAAGUUCAGAGAAAAAACUUCUUUAUAUGGUGACCCGACAAAUUGGAGUUGCAGUCUUCUCAUUGAAAGACUUGAUCAGUCCCACCAUAGAGAGAAAUUAUACGCGUGGAUUGACCCAGAAAAUGUUGGAAGAGGCACCUACAGGUUUUUUGACGUCACCUCCACGAUUCAUGUGGACACAGAUCCAAAGCCGCCCACCAUUAAACUUUAUGGAGGCGAAAGGACCGGGGACGACAUGACAGCGGCAUGUAUCACCUAUCACAGCUGUCCAUACAGCAAACCAAACAUCACUCUGAAGGGUAUAGAAGGAUCUGAUCAAAUAACUAAUGACCAAUUAGAUGUACUAAUUGAAGAUGGUCUUUGGAAAAUCACUCUGACACGCACAGGAGUUGUGAAAGCUGAGAGCUCAGACAUUGAGUGUACUGUAACACAUUAUGGAGGCAUAACAACAAGAGCUACAAAGAACAAACAAUCAGCAUGUAUCUAUAACUAUAUAAUCAUUGAGCCUAACCGUGCAGAUGUCGUAGAGGGUGUUCCAAAGGACUUCACGUGUACCAUCAACCAUUCCUGUCUAAAGGAUCCUCCAAGCAUCUCAUGGAACUAUAAGAACAUGCAGGUCUCAAACGGGAAUAAAAAACUUACAGAGUUCAAUUCAGCCACCUCUUCCACCGUAACCUUUUUGGCCGAAAAGAAAGACCGCGGGAAGAAAUUGAUAUGCACAGCGGAAUUUUCUGGAAAGAACGUCCAAGCGUCUGUUGAUUUACAUGUACAAUACUAUGAAACCAGACUUGUGGAUCCAGAAAUCAAGGACACUGAUCGCGUGUAUGAAGCCAACGUGGUUCCCAGGCUCACUGCGUUACCUCGUUCCUGUGUGGUGAUACCCUGCAGUUUUAAGAUGCCUGAGGAACUUGCUGUGCGUGUUUGGGGUCGUUGGAUCGUUCGUUCGACGAAACGUUACAUGUUCCACACCGGACAGAGAGACGUCUUGGACAACUUCAAAGGCCGCACAAAACUCCUUGGAAACCCAGUUGAUCAGGACUGUACGGUCGAGAUUGAUAACGUGCAGAACCAUGACAACGGACCGUUCUGUUUCCGAGCACAAACGGAACAGAAGGAAUACCUUUUUAACCACAGCUGUGUGUUCAUUGCAAUGCAAGCCCUUCCAGAUAAACCUGUGAUGUCACUUAUCCCUGACGACAUUGAGCCCGGGACACACGUCACCAUCUAAUGCUCCGUCAAACACACGUGCCCCUCUCACUCCCCCAGCAUCACCUGGAGCGUCCCAACUGCCCGAGAAACGGUUAAACAUCAGAGCAUGGGUGAAGGAGUUUGGGAAACAGUCUCGACCGUGACCUUCAUCCCAACCGGAUACGAAGAGGAAGAUCAAGUCAACUGCAGUGCAGAGUUUGGGGGGGUAGAACGGUGGUUAAUAGUUCUAAACUGAAUAUUCAAAGAAUUCAAGGUGUUGGAGGGAAGGUUCUUGGGCCGUCUGUCAUAGUACCCAUCAUUGUUUUUCUCCUGCUUUGCGCUGGAGUCAUCAUAUACAAGAGACGACGCAGAAUGUCUGAAGGAAGAGCUGUUUGGACUAACAGUAGUCAUGAAAAUUACAUCAGGCAAGUACAGUAUGAAAUGAUAACAAAAAUAUAUUUUUGUGCAUGUUUGGUUGAAUUGAUUGUGCUUAUUUUUGUGGCAAGGUUUAACAACGGAACAUUGGAUAAAAGCAACAUAAGAUCUGUUCGGAUACCAUGGUGAGCAACCUUCAAGUAUCACAAGGAGAAAUACCACAAUCUGAAUGGCUUUAUUAGCGGCAUAACAAAAAGACUGGAUCAAUACUUGUGUUUGUUGUGUUACUGAGUUUUAAUCUAUCUGAUAUAGAUACAUGAUGUUAGACAUGACAAAUAUGUGAGUCUAGAGCUUUGUAUGGCUUCAUUAAUUGCAAAAGAAAUAACAAAUUUGUAACAAUACUUUGACAUAUAUACAAACAAAGUUUUCCUGCUACUGAAAUUACAGAUGAAAUCCACGUUUCAGUUUUUUUAAUACAGUUUCAAAUAUGUUUGUCAGUUUCUAUCUUUACAAAAUUACACGUAUGCAAUAUAACAUUGACAUGAAUUACAUUGUGAUCCAUCCCACAAUGCAGUGCAGCUGAGCUAUAGGAGCACAGCUUUUUGGAGACCUAAGCAGGAUUGUUUUUUUACAUCUAUAGUUAACACAUCUUUUAACAUUCAAACAUCAGUUUAUGCCGAGCAUGUUUGUCACAGUGGCAAAUGCUAAUGUUUAUUAAAUUACAUAGCAUGAUGCUUUACAAUCUAACACAGAAGUAACAAUUUAUUGGUGAAAUAAAAUGUUGCCUAAGAAACACUUGUAGCGUGUUUUUAUGCACAAAACAUGAAGUUUAUCACAAAAAAUUUAAUGGCACAUUAAUGACACAUUUUCAGUAUAAUUCACAACAUUUAAAUAUCAUGUUAUUGUAACGACCUUGCAUUGUUCAAAUGUAAACGACAAAGAUGUAAAGUCGAGUACUUCUUUGAGGAGUGAACAAGCCAUUUGAUGACAGUAGGCUACUAUCUUUCAGAUACAGUAUUUAGAUACGUCUGUUUUCACAGCUGAAUAUACAGUCCUGUCUUCAUCAGAACUAGAGCCUUCAGAUACUUUAAACAGUCAUAUAUGUGAA